AAAAGACAAAAAUACAGUGCGUUUAAAAAAAAAUUUCCGGGUGAGGGAAGAAGGUGAUAAAAGGAAGAAGAAAAAGCGAAUCGAUAAACCCAGUAAAACGACGCCGUAGCGGUGACUCUCUUCAAGCGGUAAUCGCCGACCUCUGCCUUCCCUCUUUCCGGGUGUUCUGCUUCUAAGGCAGGUCCUAUGGAAGGAGAAACUAGUAGUGAUAUUGUGGGCCUUACAGUUACAGACAAGAAAAAUGAGAACUCUUCUGUUAAAAUAAAGGUCUUGUUCUUUGCCAGAGCUCGGGAUCUUACAGGACUAACUGAUACGCCAUUGGAGGUUCCGUCUGGUAGCACAGCCGGUGAAUGCUUAAGCAAGCUUAUGGCUGCGUUUCCAGGAUUACAAGAGAUCAGCAGUUGUGUGGUUGUUGCUCUGAAUGAGGAAUACACAAAUGAGUCUGCAAUUGUUAAAGACAAAGAUGAGUUGGCCAUUAUACCUCCUAUUAGUGGUGGCUGAGGGCUUGU